AUGUCUGAUAAUAAGAAAAAAAAACAAACCAAUAAUACAAAUAUAUAUUUAAAACAAAUUAAUAAUGAGAGUGCAUCGCUUCCUCCUACCAUUUCACCAUUUAAAUUACAAGCUGCAAGAAAAAAAAAACAACAAAAAGUUGAUACAGACUGGGCUGAAGUUUACAGUAGAAUUAUUCAAUUUGAAACAUUAUAUAACUAUUUCAAAGACAAAACUUUUAAAUGGGAAGAUGAUAAGAAUAAGGAAAUAAAUAAACAGAUUAAGCUAUCUAUUCCCAAUGGAAUGAGCACCAAAAUGACACGUUGGAGGAAGGUUUAUGAUUUGAUUGCAUUUAUAAAAGUGAAAGAUAUUGACAUUGACGCUUUUCUUAAUGAAAUAACGAUCUGA